AUGGUCAACCGCAAGACCUUCGACGCGGUGGCCGAGGUCGUUCAGGAGGACUCGGACUUCUCCACCAACUUCUUCCUCCGCCUCGUGCAGGAGGCCUGCUCAUCGGUGGCCGCUGGGGCGGGGGACCAUAAGGCCCCCAACGACGGGGAUCACGACGCCCCGGAUGAGCAAGUCGCGGGUCAGGCCCACGACGACGCCGGCGAGGGGGCGGGUUCACACGGCAAUUCGACCACCGCGCUUCACACGGGUGGGCCGGAUAAGAGCCAGAAGAUCGCCCUAUUGGCCUCUCCCCAGGGAUGCGCGCUGCUCAAGAUCGCCCUGGAGCAGCAAAGUAAGCGCCGUGCGUUUUUCGAGCACAUGCGGCUGACGCCCUCGGCGGGUUCCGCCUCCGGCACGGAGGAGCUCUUCAAGUCCUUUUUUGCCGGCAUUCUGACCUCUCGAUUUGUCUUCCGAAGCUUUCGGUUGCAGUUGGGCGAGGAGGAUUCACCGGAGGAGACGGAGACCCCCGCAAUUUCGCCGGACGAUAGCGAGAUCGACAUCCUGUGUGGCUGCUUUGCGCACUACGGCCUCACGGUGGUGAGCGGCAAUGGGGGAAGUUGUAUGGUGACUAGUCUGAUCCGGGCCCUGCGGCCGAAGUACCGCACUUUCGAGGCAGCCCUCGGCCGACGGGAUCGCAGCGCGCCGCAGGGCUCGCGCGGCGGAAAGCGCGGGAGGGAGACCCGCGAGGUGGACGACGCGUCGGGGGGGACCCCAUCGUUGCCGAAACCUCAGCAAGCCCGCACGGAGGACACCACCUCGGGUUCGAUCCUCCAGUCGGGGCAUGAGAAGCCCGACCCUAAUGCCCUCCACGCGCCGAUGAGCCUUGAGGAUUACCACGUCCCGGAGCCCCCUUUCGAUUGGCGAUUCUUUUACGCCGUGGCGUCCUCCUUUUCCAGCGGGCAGCCCGCCGUAUCGGGGCUGGCGAACGACACGGCGGUGGAGGCCCCGGCGUCGACCCCGCUGACGCGGAUUCAACUGCUUGCGGAGCACAUCGUCGCCUGCCGCUCCGUCCAGGUGAUGAUCCCGCACUUCGCGGAUGUGAUUCUCGCGGCGGAAAAGACCCCCCCGACGAGUCCGCCCCACCUCGCCUUCGUCUCGCAAUGCUCGCAGCUCCUGAAGGAGCUCGCCCACCGCGUGAAGGAGCUGGUGGUCCACAACUACGGGAAUUACGUCGCGCAGACCUUCUUUCUCGAGCUCGCCCCGCGCGCCGUCUCGGGGUCGGAGGUGGAGAACACCCUGCGGAUCGCCUUCGACGCCAUCGUGGUGAAUAUCUUCAGCAUGAGCAUGCAAAAGUUCGCGUCGAACUGCGUCGAGCGGGCGAUUAUCGCCUCGGCGAACGUCGUGGAAGGGAAUCAAAUCAUCCUCCGGCUCGCCAAAUCGCUGCUGGAGCGAGGGGAAAUGUUGAUGGUCCAGGUGGCCUCACACCAGUUCGGGAAUUACGUCGUGCGGCAUAUUUGCGAGCAGCUGACGGCCUUCGCCUCCGGGCAGGCGCCACGAAUUACCGACGGCGAACGGCAGGAGGCGGCGGCGUUGGAAGGACAGUUUUUGACCUGGCUGUCCUCCCACCGAGCGGAGCUUCAACAAACACCCUACGGUGUGGGGUUGGUGAGUUGGAUGAACAACAAACGGAAACUCGCGUAG